AUGGAAAGAAAACUUACUCGUGAUGAUAUUUUGGACAUUCUUUUUGACUCGGACGCUGAAUCCGGCAGCAGCAGUGACGGACCGCUGUCAGAGAGCAACGAGGAAGCCCACCUCCCGGAAAACCUUGCGGGCUGUGAUCGUUCCGUAGCGCCGGCGAUCCCUGACAAUGCCGGCCCUGCCAGUGAGGGCGCUGUUGUGGAGGACUUCCUUCCAACCUGGACAUCCAAUCCAUUCUCUCCACCAGCCCUGGACUUUGACAACACUACCAAAGGUGUUCAAGGUAGUCUAACAAAUCCUUCUGAGGCAGAAUGUUUCAGAUUAUUUAUUAAUGAGCAACUUGUGGAGCAAGUGGUGCAGGAGACCAAUAGGUAUGCUCAUCAGCUGAAAGAGUCGGCUACUAUCCCUGGGAAACUGGCAAAGUGGACUGAAACAACUGUAAAUGAAAUUUACACAUUUCUGGCAGCUGUUAUUCUUAUGGGCCUGGUAAGAAAAAACUCCUUGAGAGAUUACUGGUCCACCGAUCCAGUAAUACAGACCCCUUUUUUUUCUACUCUCUUCUCUCUGGAUCGGUUCCAACUCCUCCAGAGGGCCCUCCACUUUGCUGACAAUGCUACAGCAAAUCUCAGGGAUCCUCUGAAUAAAAUUAGAAGUGUUUUCACCUCUCUGAUGGCUGCUUUUGGACAGAUGUUCAUUCCUCACAGGGACUUGUGCAUCGACGAGUCACUGCUGCUGUGGAAAGGCCGGCUUGGAUUUCGACAGUACAUUCCAUCAAAGAGGAAGAGGUUCGGAAUCAAGCUCUUCAUGCUGUGUGAUGUUCUGACUGGGUACGUCAUCAAUGUGGUAGUGUACACUGGCUCCAGCACAGACAUCACACACACUCCAGGACUUGGUGUGUCUGGCUCAGUAGUGCUGACACUGCUGAAGCCAUACCUGGGGAGAGGGCAUACUUUGUAUGUGGACAACUGGUAUACCAGUCCUUCUCUUUUCUGUCACCUGCUGAGAGGUAAAACCGGGGCUUGUGGAACAGUGAGGGCCAACAGAAAGGGCAUGCCACGCUUCCGAGACAGGAUGUCCAGAGGGGAGGUGGACUUUAAAAGUUGCGAAGAAAUGCUGGCAGUGAAGUGGCAUGACAAACGCGAUGUCCACAUGCUGACAACAGUCCACUCAGCAGAGAUGUCACCCUCUGGAAAGAUAGACCACACCACUGGAAAUGAGAAAAUCAAACCCCAAUGCGUGCUGGACUAUAAUAAAAAAAUGGGUGCUGUGGAUAAGGUCGAUAUGAUGGACAGUUUUGUUGGCUGUACUCGUAAGACUUUAAAAUGGUACAAGAAACUGUUCUUCCAUUUUUUGGACCUUGCAGUACACAAUGCAUUCAUUUUUUACAAGGUGAAGCAUGAUUCUAGCCUGACAUACAGAAAGUUCAGUCAAAAUCUUGUUCGCCAACUUGUGGGAGAACACCACACUCCCCGGAAGCCAUCUUCCGGUGGUCGCCCUCCUGCUUACAGCCCACUUCGUCUCACUGCUCGGCAUUUCCCCUCUGAGAUCCCUACAACUGUCCAACAGGGGAAGAACACACGCAGGCACUGCAAGGUUUGCCUGACCACUAAAAAGUGCCCACAGAAAAGGCAAAAGACGAGGUUCAUGUGCAAACCUUGCAACACAGCACUGUGUCCAACAGAGUGCUUUGAACAGUACCACACUUCUGCCUAUUUCUGA